GCAUCACCCAGGGCUCCGUGGCUCAAAUAGGUCACAGCUUUAACAGCACAUUGUUAAUUGGAAAAAAAGAAAGAAAAAAAGCGAGCUUUGUGUGUUACACGAUGGUGAAGUUCAGUUGCCGUCUCUGUGCUAAAUAAUUGGCAAGAGAUCAUUAGACAAACAGGGCCCGUUUGCCUCUUCAUGCAAGGACAACCUGCGUAGCACGAAACACACCUCUGUCUCCUCGGGGGAAAAUACUUACCGGACAUUUCUGGAGUUUAAUAUUUGUCUUUUUCCACAAAUUAAACCACACGACACUGCCGCAGAGUACUUUCAAUAAUUGCACAACUUUGUGUAAAUGCCGAUUAUUCCCGUGCGUAAUUAGGUUAAGAGGAGAGAUGCUGGAUAAGUGGCACUGCCAUGCACAGCCCUGAUACUGCUCGUUUGUUAGACACAGAGUCCGCUGAUGGGAUUUAACACUGGAUAAUAGUGGAGGAAUUCUGUAUUACUUUUAAGUGGCCUCGUCUGAAACAAGAUGAACACAAUACUCAUAAUUGUUUCAUCUCAACAAUAGAUGCGCUUUAUUAAUAGUAGAAAAAUCCAAGUGUUUUUCAUAAGGUGGUCCCCACACACACACACACACACACACACACACACACACGAAACGCACUGCACUGGCAUACCUUUACAUGAAUAAAACACAGUAAAUAUCUCCAUAUUUACUCGAAUCUGGCAAAUCUCCAAUCCAUUCCCGCUUCAAAUUGUUUUGAAAAAUCGUACAAAAAUGUUGAUAUUAUAUGGUUCAACUUUUCUGCGAUUUGCCUUGCUUUGUCCGUAGCUUCUCCUGAGCAGCCAUCUGUCUCACACCUUCCUCUCAAACAGCUUAAUGUUCACUCCACCGUUUAGACAAAGAGACAGAAUUUGACACUCGGCUGCUUGUUUAACAGAAAUCUUCCUCUGUGAAUGGAUUCUUCUUAUUAGCUUCCCUGAAAAUUUCCUUUCCCUUCAUAGAUUUCGUGUGUGUGAAUUUGGUUUUAUUCAUCUGUUGAGCGCCUGUGGAUUUACAAAUGAUGCGUCCUACAAAAAAAUGUCUGUGAAAUAAUUCCGGCUUUCUUCUUUUUUUUUUUUUUCUCGACCUGCGCACUCAGAACAGAAAACGUGAAUCAGAGUCAAUCAAUGAGCCUCGACACUGUAGAAACCUGAUGUUAACUCCGCAGAGCAAUGACUCCAAACUCUUAACAAUUUUAUUUCAUGAGGCCAAACUGACAAAAAGCUGCGAGUCUUUCAGCGAAAUUGUAACAAGUGAAGCUGACAUUUUUAUGCAGUAAAUGAUAUUUGGUGCGGGAUUCAGUGGUGUGUCUUUACGCAGCCUGUUUCCUAAAAGGCCUCACAGUGUUGGCGUUUAAAAUUCACUUUAAUACAGUGUUUGCACAUUCCUGUGGUGAUAUUUAAUUUUAGAGCUCUCAGUGCCUUUAGAAGGACACACAGCGGGGCUGGAUUUGUGGAGACGGCUCGAAGCAAGCCUCCGCUCUGCCGAAGUGUCCUUGAGCAAAACACCGACUCCCUCUCAGCUCCGGAGGUGACCUGACUUCUGAUCUCUGGAGAAGAGGGGAGUUUCCCCACCAGGAGUAGCCUAUCGGCCUAAUGUUUUUUUUCUCGGUUUGGGGAAACUUUCUGUGAUUGACAAGGAGCUGAGCAAAGAGGAACCCGCUUGUUUCCAAUUACGCACACGCAAUCACAGCUGCGUAAAGCCACGAAGGGAAUGAAAAGAAACAUAAACUUCAUUAAAGCCUGUGUUUAUUGGAUUCUUAGCAAUCAGAGCUGAGCUCAUGCAGUGCACCUGUACAUAUACAUACUGUUGUACCCGUUGGUAAAGCGUGAAAACAGUGAAAUCAAUGAUCGUUGAACGAGGCUCUAAAAUCAUAGCUGUCGUUUUAAAGUUAUUUUUUAUUGAACGACACAAGUACACAUGUUAAAUUUACUGCUUUGAUCUGUUCAAUUGAUGUAUUUGUAUCACAAACUGGGCUCUGAUCUCCCUUCAGUCCUUAAUUAAAAAGAAAAAAAUUGAAUAGAAAAAAACAAAUCAUGCUUACACACGGAAAAGGAACUUAUGUCCUUAAAGUGUGGUUUAAGUUAAACGGGAAAUUAAUUGUACAAUGAUUUUCUGCAGCGUCUCCACUAAUGAGAAAAGUUGGUGAACCUGACUUUCAGUUUACCCUCCGCAUCCUCCUCUGCUCCUCUCUCCUCCCUCUCCCUCUCCGCUCUGGCUGCUCGCUGUUUUCGGGGGGCUCCUUAUAAAUAAAAUCCACCGUCUCCGGCUCCUCUUCCUUAUUGGUCAGGUGGAGCCGUUACCUCACUCAGGGGCCGGUGACGCAGCGUCUUCACGUAUCCUUCAUGUGCGUCUCUUCUUGUUUCUUACUGAGAGUCUUGCCGUCGGUCAGAGGGAGAAAGCGGGAUUCGCGACGAGCCGAGAGUGGCGGACGGACCGGGUGCGCUCAACACUACACACUUCCCAUCCCGGGAGGAGAGCGGCGCACAAGAGCAACCUCUCUCUCUCUCUCUUUAUCUCUCACACUCUCUCUCUCUCACACACGCACACACAAUCUCUCUCCGAGUCUCUCCGUCUCUUUUGCUCCCUCCCGUACACACAUUCACGCCCGCGCGCACGCACGCUCUGCAUACGUCUCCACUUUGCCGUGGUAAAUUACGGCAUUGAUCUCAACGGCGAGUGCGGAUCUGUCUCUUGUGUUCGCCCUUUCUUCGACGGACCGACUUGGAGGAACGCUCGAGAGAGAAACAGGAAACACUGGCUGUUUUUACACUGAUACACCCUCAGUUUGACCUCAGAGACAUAUUUCCAAAUAACCAAGUAACGCCUCUCAUCCGUCUCUGUGAGGACCCUUGGUCAUGUCCGUUUAGCUGCCCUGCGGGAUGCCUGAUCAUGACAGCACCACCCUCCUAACCAGACAGACAAAGCGCCGACGUGUCGACAUCGGGGUGAAAAGGACUGUGGGCAGCGUAAUAUUCACCCGCGCCAGAGAGACCCUGUUCGACAGCAUGAACCAAUCGCACGGCCCUGAUCAGGACGGAGACUGCUCGUUGGUCGGUCACGGCCACGGGGGAACAACCAGUGAUGGAGAGAAGUCAAAUGUUUUGAGGAAGUUGCUGAAGAGGGCCAACUCGUAUGAAGACACCAUAAUGCCUUUCCCCGGUGCUACCAUCAUCUCUCAGCUACUGAAGAAUAACAUAGGAAAGAAUGGAGGCAGUGACUCAGGUUUCCAGGGGAGUGGAGCUCUGUCCAGUGGAGGCUCAGAGAUCCAGGCCGAGGACGCCUGCAGCAACUCCUCCCGCGACCAGGACAGCCCAUCUGACUGCCUCUCUCCUGGGCCUCCGCUUCCCCCUCCAUCUUCCUCCUCCUCUUUCGGACGGCCACCGCCUCCUUCAAGCCUCAACUCCCAUGCUCCCUCUCAGCCCCUCUGCCUCUCCUCCUUUGACUUGGACAGGCUGUCGGAUGAGCACCUUCGUGCCAAACGCGCCCGCGUGGAAAACAUCAUCCGCGGCAUGAGUCACUCGCCGCACGUCCGGCCCAACGGCAGCGACCACAACCAAGAGAGCAACCGUGAGAAUGAGAACAGCAGCAACAACAGCAACAGCAGCAACGAUCACAGAGGAGACAGCAGCCACAACACCAGCAACCACAACCAUAUCCGGAGUGACUGUCCCUCCUCCCUCCUGAGCUCUCCAGGGUCGCGGGCCGGUGUCGUCGGCAUCGGUGAAGUUUACCGGGAGAAUAAGAGAAAGCAGCGUCUGCCACAGCAGCAACACAGCUUCACCCAGCUGGUGUGUUCGAGGCAGGAGCAGAGACAGGAAGAGAGACGGCAGCUCAAACUGCAACUGGAGGACAUGCAGAAACAACUGCGCCAACUCCAGGAGAAGUUCUACCAGAUCUACGACUCAGAGACAGAGGAAGAGGAGGAGAAUGGCGAGAGUGGAGAGGUCGACCGAGGAGGAGAAAGAGAGGAGGACGGGAACUUGUCAGAGGACAGUAUCCGCUCUGACGGCCUGGAGGAGAGGCACAGGGACAGAGGGCGCCAUAGCCAUGACGAACUGUCUGAGCUGGACCCAGGUCUGUUCCUGGACCGGGCCCGAGCCCUCCUCCGCGAACAGGCCCUGUUAGACGGAGACAUCGAGGAAGAUGUUGAUGGCAGGGAUGAAGAGGAGCGGAACGGAGAAAGGGUGAUGAAGAGGAGAGGCGGAGCAGCGGGAGGAAGGGGGGGAGGAGGAAGGCAGUUAGCAGAGACGCUGAAGCAGGAGCUGAACUGUGCCGUGUCGCAGGUCGUUGACACCGUCGUCAAGGGCUUCUCUUCACCCAAGCAGGCUGUCAGUCACCAUCAUGGCUGCCACAGCAACACACCAGCCGCACCCUCCUCUUCCUCUAACUCGUCCUCUUCGUGUCCUCCACCUUUCGGCCCCCUCCCCUCCCUCACCCCGGAUUCACGCUUUGGCAGUGGUGCCCUGGCUCUCACUCUGAAUGGUGAUGGCAGUCCCACCCCUAACUACCACUCCUCAAACCCGAGGCUGCACUGCUUUGGUGAUGUAAUUGUCCCGAGCCCGCUGGAUUCAUUUGGUGGUUUGAGCAGCAGACUGAGUGGUGUACCAACGCCAAACGACCAAACAGAGGCACUGCCACUGGUGGUACGCAAAAGUGGCGGUGGAGGUGGAGGAGAGAACAUCAACCCCUCUCUUCCUCCUCCUCCUCCUCCUCACCAUCCCUCCCUGCACCCCUCUCCCCUCACAGCCUCCCUCGGGUUUAGCCCUCCAUCGUUUCGCCACCCAUUCCCUCUUCCCCUUAUGGGUUACCCCUUUCAGAGCCCCCUGGGGUCGCAUGGGGGUGGAGCUGGCUACCCCCCAGGGCCCAAGGACCACCAUCGGUCCUCCCCCGAUUCCAUGGACAUGACGCGGGAAACUGUCAGCCUCAGAACCAAAAUGGCAGCCCUCGGAGGGGGCCAUCUCAGUCACCACCACCACAGGCAGAGCUCACCGAGCCAGCAUGGGCCAGAGGGUCUGUCCCUGUCCCUCAUCAAGUCUGAGUGCGGGGACCUGCAAGACAUUGCCGACAUAUCGCCCUACUCAGGCAGCACUAUUCAGGAGGGCUUGUCUCCUAACCACCUGAAGAAAGCCAAGCUGAUGUUUUUCUACACCCGCUACCCUUCUUCUAACAUGCUCAAGAUGUACUUCUCCGAUGUCAAGUUCAAUCGCUGCAUCACCUCCCAGCUGAUCAAGUGGUUCAGCAACUUCAGGGAGUUCUACUACAUCCAGAUGGAGAAGUUUGCCCGACAGGCCAUCAACGAGGGUGUAACCGCUUCAGAGGAGAUGACAGUCGGCCGCGACGCUGAGCUCUUCAGGGCACUCAACAUGCACUACAACAAGGCCAAUGACUUUGAGGUUCCAGAUCGAUUUCUGGAGGUGGCCCAGGUGACUCUUCGUGAGUUCUUCAAUGCCAUCGUGGCUGGCAAAGACGCAGACCCGUCCUGGAAGAAGGCCAUCUACAAGGUGAUCUGCAAACUCGACAGCGAGGUUCCUGAGGUUUUCAAAUCCCCCAACUGUCUACAAGAACUCCUCCACGACUGACUAGGGCGAGGGAGGAAACACAGCAAGCAAGACAAACCUCCAAGAACUGUGAGAAGACUUUAAGAAAAGGCCUCUGAAGGCGCACAGUUAGACUAGGUUAAGGUCUUCAGUGAAAUACAUUUGAAGGAGUUUGACUUUCAUAACACGAUGCAGAGACUUGAAGUUCUUCUACUUGGAGGCUUCUGGAGAGGUUUGUUGGUGGUUGUUUUUGGUCAGCCCAUCUUUUAAAGACAAACGUGCCCUCAAGAUGUUUUAUAAAGAAAAAAUAUUCCUCUUCACUGAGGUAGAGGGCUGAAACUCGUGAGUCAUACGAUACUCAAAUUAACAAAGUGUGUUGAGACUUUUAUAAAUUAAAAGCAAAACAGUGAAAAUUGAACCUCCUUGCACUUACAGAAAAGCUCCUCCUUGCCAAAAACCCGAUCUCCUCUUUCUCCUCCAUCUCGUCCAAGCUCGCUCUUCAUCCUCCUUCAGGGAUGAGGAGGAUUAUGGAUCAAUCUUCAGCCCAAGAUUUGGGAUCAGGAGUGAACUAAAAAGAAAGAUGAUAAUAUAUAGAAAUCUUUUUAUUGUGGAUGUUUUUAAGUUACAUGGACAUUUUGGAAAAAAAAGUGAUGUUUCUGUAAUUUUUCUCCUUUGUAUGAGCUUACAGCUUCUCAGUCACUUAUACAGGCACACACACACACACACACACACACACACACACACACACACACACACACACACACACACACACACACACACACACACACACACACACACACACACACACACACACACACACACACACA